GCUGCGCUGCCGCCCCCUGACGCGCUCGGCCAGGGGCCGCCGCUCCCUCCCUCCGUCCCCAGAGGCCUGAGGCAGCUGGAGCAGGGGGCGAGCACGUGUGGAGGCCUGGUCGCAGGCUGGAGGACAGGUGGCUUUUGCUGCAGCUGUCGAACAAGGUGGCUCUUGGACAGCAUGGAGGCAGCCUUUUGGAUAUGAAGCUGGAGUGUCCCCAGCUUUGAAGGACGGAUCAUUCAUAGAAAGGAAUGUUACGGUGGACAGUGCACUUGGAAGGUGGGCCCCGAAGAGUGAACCAUGCUGCUGUGGCUGUUGGACACAAAGUGUAUUCCUUUGGUGGGUAUUGCUCUGGUGAAGACUAUGAGACUCUGCGGCAGAUUGAUGUCCAUGUGUUUAAUGCAGUAUCUCUGCGUUGGACCAAGCUGCCACCAGUAUGGACAAAUAGCCGGGACCACGUGAGGGAGGUGCCCUAUAUGAGGUAUGGACAUUCAGCAGUGCUAAUUGAUGACACCAUCUACAUAUGGGGCGGCCGUAAUGACACCGAGGGAGCCUGCAACGUACUAUAUGCCUUUGAUGUCAGUACACAUAAGUGGUUCACUCCAAAGGUGUCUGGAAUGGUCCCAGGAGCCAGAGAUGGUCACUCAGCUUGUGUCCUGAGAAAGAGCAUGUACAUCUUUGGAGGGUAUGAGCAGCUGGCUGACUGUUUUUCGAAUGACAUCCACAAAUUGGACACCAAUAGCAUGAUAUGGACUCUAAUCUCAGCCAAGGGUACGCCAGCUCGCUGGAGAGACUUCCACUCAGCAACCAUCAUAGGGACAAAGAUGUUCGUAUUUGGUGGCAGAGCAGAUCGCUUUGGGCCCUUUCACUCCAACAAUGAGAUCUACUGUAACCGGAUAAAAGUGUUUGACACGGAGACAAACUCCUGGCUGGAUUCCCCUCCUACUCCAAUGCUCCCUGAAGGCAGGAGGAGCCACUCAGCAUGUGAGUUGUCCUGCUCAGCAUUCUGCUACAAUGGGGAGUUAUAUGUAUUUGGUGGCUACAAUGCACGUCUGAAUAGACACUUCCACGAUCUCUGGAAAUUUGAUCCAGUCUCUUUUUCCUGGAGGAAGAUUGAGCCAAAGGGGAAAGGACCAUGCCCGCGCCGCAGACAGUGCUGUUGCAGAGUGGGGGACAAGAUUAUCCUUUUUGGGGGCACCAGCCCAUCUCCAGAGGAGGGAAUGGGGGAUGAAUUUGACCUGAUGGAUCACUCGGACCUCUACAUCCUGGACUUCAGCCCCAGCUUGAAGACUCUGUGUAAACUAGCAGUGAUUCAGUAUAGCCUGGACCAGUCCUGCCUCCCACAUGAUAUCAGGUCCCCAUAGAUUGACACCCAAACCUGCCUCAGCUCAGAACCUGGGAGAAGAGAUGGGAGCUGACAGCAAUGACUACAAACAGCACCAUCAGCCGUCCAAUUGUCUCCUCACAGGGUUAAUCCAGCAUCCUUUUCCCCAUCUCUGCCUGUCCUUCCCCCUCAACCCCUCCUUGCAGACUGACCUGUUCCAGGUUUCUGCACAGACUUUUAGCCCCUUCAGGAAAAAAUCAUUCAUGCUCUCUGCUCUUGUUCUGUGCCACACCAGCCUCGCCACACCCUUGCCACAGUUUUAUCAUCCAUGCUCCUGCAAGGCAGAAUGGGACAGCAGGCUGUAAGGAAAAGGAAACCAGUACCGCUCUUGCUGUGGACAGCAGUGGCCUAUGUCCAUCUGCUGCUGUUCUCACUGCAGCAUCCAACUUGAACUAGCCCUUCCUCAAUGGUAGCUGACUUCAGGACCAUGCUGUUCUUCACCUCCUUCUGGAGUAUUGGCCAGCACAGCAACAACUCUGCUCCUGCCUCCCCAGCAUCCUUGUCAUCACUCCAGUGACUGAACAGACUGCUGCUAGGCCAAGUUCUCUUGCUCAGCCUUCUACAGCACCCUGCUCCCCUGGGCACAGGUGUCUGUGCCUAGUCAUCCACACUUUAGAUCCUGUCUGGUUUUACCCUCUGCUGUCUGAGAAACACACAAAACUUUGUUAUCGAGCGGCACCUUUAUGGUGGGGGGUAUCUGCAUCCCUGAGCUCCAGGGUCUUCACUGGAGAGGAGGGCCUGAUGAGGAUGAAGAAUCCUGCCUACUGGGCAGACAGAGAGGGAACUUCUACAUCCAAUGUUUGUAUAGGAUACAGAACACAACAGGGAUGUCUCUGCCUGGUGGAAGAGGGCUGGCUCAGGAGCUGAGGUGCCUUUGUACAGCUCCAUGUGUAAACAACAGUUUGGAUUUCUAUAAAUAUUUAAAGCAA